UCUGUUUCAGUCUCCUGGAUUCUCUGGAGUCACAAUAUCUUUUUGUUUAAUGGAGUUUCCCAGAUCACCAUGAAGGAAGGACAUUUACUGACUGAUUGAAAGCAUCACAGUGAAGCCAAACACUGGUAAACAGAGUUCAUGUCUCCAGCAUGUUGCUCUGGAAGCUGCACAUCUUAAACCAUGUCAGCUCACAGCAGCGGGUUCAGCUUCAGAUCCAGCUGUGCUGUGAUGCACAUCCAAACUUUCCAGACAAUAACUCCAUCAGCACCUGUCAGGGUCUUAAUUUCCGUAGAAGUGCCCAGACAACCUGACACCCAGAGACGACCCCACCUCUUCAUACGGAAGUCACUGUCAGAGAGACUUCAGUCAGAUCAGCUACAAAUAUCUCAGUGUAGGAGCGAUGGAGACCCUGACCCUGAUCUCAGCUUUACUUUCUAUGUUCUGUUGGAUCUCUUCCUCUGUUGGUGAUUUUCAUACCGUCGAGGUUCUGCCUGGUGAAGAAGCCACAAUGCUGUGCUCCAACCUCAUCAACAUGAUCACUCACAUUUUCUGGUACAGGUUGGCCAACACUGAAUACAACAUCAGUUCCAUCUCAUCUAUGCUCAGUUCUGAUGGCAACGCAACGCUCUUUGCUGGAUUUCAAAAUGGAAGAUUCACAAUGACUUCUAACAACAGUCACGUCUUCCUGAACAUCAAACCAGUGGAUUUAUCAGACGCUGGCCUGUACUUCUGUGGACAUAAAAUGAACAGCGACAUGGUCAUCUUUGAUCGCACCUAUUUAAAGAUGCAAGAAACACUUCCUGAUUCACUGAACUCAACCUCCAUGCUCCUGGGAGGUUUAAUCGUUUUCCUGAUCGUGGUCAUCAUUGCCUUGGUUUUCAAAAUCAGAAGCUUUCACACAGGUACUUCUCUUGUUUUCAUUCUAACUUUUAGUGCCAGAAUUCAGUCCAAAUCUCAGAGAUGUACCGUUGGUCUUUCAGCUCAAGAUAAGACACUGAUUUCUCAGAACACUCAGAGUCAGGAGUCUGAAGGCCUGAACUAUGCAGCAGUGAGUUUCCAGACAAACCGUGGAAGAAGGAGAACAGCUGAGAGAGAGCUGGAGCCAAAUGUGGUGUACGCUGCUACAAGAUAAAGCCAUGAAGCCACCAGAGCAGCAAGUUCAGAGAGAAAAUCUUACCUGUUGGUGGAGGUUUGCUCUGUAGUCCUGUCUCCAAAACAAUAUGUAACCUUUUAAUAAAGAAAAUGUUGAUUUUA